CUCUCUUAAAAUUUAGUUUUUCUCUGCUCCUAUCCUCAGCUUUACUUCUGAGUUUCUGCACCUUUCACUACUUCUAGCUCUGGAAGCUGCUGAUUGAGUCUCCCCCGGUAGCUGCGGAUGCCUGCAGGAUUCAGAGUCCUGUGAGCCACUUUGUCCUGGGACUAGGAGCUUCCCUGCAGGCUUGUGCCAGGGCUUGGACCUUCAAGGAGGGGGCUUGGGGUGCUCUGCUGUUGGCUCAGGCAGGGUCCUGGGUCUCAAAGUUGGCUCGUGCCCUGGUUUGGAGCCUGGUGCAGUAGGUCCAGGGUGGGUGGCCUUUACUCCCCUGUGCAGUUUUACUUCCUUUUCCCUUCCUCACCCCAUGAAACAGACCCUCUCUUCCAACCUUUCCAGUUCUUUUCUGUGUCCCCUUUUGCUUCUGAGACUCCAGUAUUCCGUCUGUGAAGUGCUCUUUGAAGGCUGAUUUCAGAGAAUUCUCAGAGGUAGUUCCAGCUUGCUGUGCCAGCAUCUUGACACUGCCUUUAGUUGGGCCUUUAGAGAAGCCAGAGAGGUCUGUCUGCAGCCUGUUCUUGGAACAUCCAGGCUAGUAACACUGCCUUCUGGAGUAUGUAUCAGGGAGGAAGGUGUGAGAGGGCUGUCAGGAGAGGAAGGGGAGAGGCUGUGAGGGGCUUGGGAGGCCAAAGAGCAUUCGGUUAGGGGAUAAAAUCAGGAGCUUGACAAAAACAGGAGGGCAGUUUAACACAUUUUUAUUUUAUUUAAGAAAAAAUAGUAAAGUCUGAAAGAUGGGAGACAGAGAGAGUGAAUGAUCUACCCUAGAAGUACCUAAAACCUAGCUCAAUCUUCUUCUAUCAACCUCUAACCUACCUAAAAACUGUCUUUGAGAGUGUCUCACUAAUAACUCUUCAGCCUCACUAACCAGGCUGAAUCUACCCUAUUUAUAUAGAUUCUAACUCCCUCCCUCCACAAGGGACAGCUCCCCCUUCCCCAACAGCCAAUAGCCCCUCCCCUCAAGAAAGCUGAGAGCCAAAGGCCCCUCCUCACACCUCAGGCUGGCUUUGGCCUCUCCCAGUCCAACUGUCCUUCUUACAUCACUUCCUCUCUGAGAGCAGUUUCUAUUUCCUUUCCUGUGGGCUGGUCUCCAUGGUAACAGCACCUCUUCUCUUUGGACCUGACUCUGUUCACUGACCCAACCAGCUCUUUCCUCAGGAGACUGGAAUCCACCAGAUGGCCUAUGAGAGUUACAGACUCCAAGCCCAGGAGGUGGUGACACUCCAGGAUGUGGCUGUGGACUUCACCUGGGAGGAGUGGCGCCUCUUGUCGCCUCCCCAGAAGGAGCUGUACAGGGAGGUGAUGCUGGAGAAUGCCCAGAACCUGCUCUCUGUGGGGCUUCCAGCUCCCCUAGAAGAUGUGCUCUCCUAUUUAGAGCAGAGGAAAGGUCCAUGGAUGUUGGAGCAGAAACACUUGAGGAGCUGCUGUCCAGGAGAGAUCAGACUGGAAAUGAAGGCAACUUCAACACAGAUGAGCUCUUCUGUGGAAGAAAUGGACCAGCCAAGACUCAUGAGUGAGGUUCCAAACGGCAUAGUUUGGAGAGAAUUCUGUGUUGAAUCUCAACAUUCAUCCCAUACUGAACACCAAAAAAUGAACUCUGAGGAAAAGUCUGGAGAAUGGAAGCAAUGUGGAAAGAUAUUCAGACAGAGACAUGAACUUGCUGUACAUCAGAGAUUCCACACUGGGGAGAAACCUUAUGAAUGUAAGCAAUGUGGAAAGUCAUUUAGUCGGAGCUCCCAUCUUGCUGUACAUCAGAGAAUCCACACUGGGGAGAAACCUUAUGAGUGCAAACAGUGUGGAAAGUCAUUCAGUCGGAGCACCCAUCUUGUUAAACAUGAAAGAAUCCACACUGGAGAGAAACCUUAUGAGUGCAAUCAAUGUGGAAAAACAUUCUGUCAGAGCUCUAAUCUUUCUUAUCAUCAGAGAAUCCAUACUGGGGAGAAACCUUAUCAAUGCAAGCAGUGUGGAGAGGCAUUCAGUAAUAGCUCCAGUUUUGCUGUACAUCAGAGCAUCCACACUGGAGAGCAUCCAUUUGAGUGCAAGCAAUGUGGAAAGACAUUUAGUCGGAACUCAUGUCUUGCUAUACACCAGAGAAUCCAUACUGGGGAGAAACCUUAUGAGUGCAAGCAAUGUGGAAAGACAUUCAGUCACAGCUCCGGACUUGCUUAUCAUCAGAGCAUCCAUACUGGGGAGAAACCUUAUGAGUGUAAGCAAUGUGGAAAGACAUUCAGACAGAGCUCCAAACUUGCUGUACAUCAGAGAAUCCACACUGGGGACAAACCUUAUGAGUGUAAGCUUUGUGGAAAGACAUUCAGUCAGAGCUCCAGUCUUGCUUAUCAUCAGAGCAUCCACACUGGGAAGAAACCUUAUGAAUGCAAGCAAUGUGGAAAGACAUUCAGUUGGAACUCCAGCCUAACUGUACAUCAGAGAAUCCACACUGGGGAGAAACCUCAUGAAUGCAAUCAGUGUGGAAAGACAUUCAGCCUGAGAUCCUAUCUUGUUGUACAUCAAAGAAUCCACACCGUGGAGAAACCUUAUGAGUGCAAGGAAUGUAGAAAGGCAUUCAGAGAGAGCUCCAAACUUGUUCAGCAUCAAAGAAUCCACACUGGGUAGAGACCUUAUGAGUGUAAGCAAUGUGUAAAGAUAUUCAGCCAGAGAUCCUAUCUUGUAUGACAGAGAAUCCACAUUGGGGAGAAACCUUUUGAAUGCAAUGUGGAAAGGCAUUCACAUGGAGCUCCACUUUUGCUCUACAUCAGCGAAAUUCCAGACUUUCACACAGAGCUCUCACCUUGCUCUAAAUCAAACAAUUUGCUCUCAUAUGUCAUAAGCUAUACUAAGAUAAGGUUCAAAUGGGAAUGUGAUUUAGACCUGCAGUAUGAUGCUAUAAGCAAAUUAAGGGAGCAUGGAAUAGUUUACCUUUUAGAUCAAUUCAUUGAUAAGGGAAGAAUUCAUCAAAUGAGAAAUAGAUAACAUGAACAUCAUGGUUAACUUUUAUUAUCUUAAAUUCAAAACUGUUUGUACAAACAAAGCCAAUACAACCAAGGUUAAAAGGGGAAACAAGUUAUUAUUUCCUUUAAAACAAGAUGUCCAAUUUUGUGAUGGUAACUCUCCCAGAAUCAUCUCCCCAUAAUCCUAGUGACAUCAUCUAGUGUGGGUCAUGUGACCAAGAUUAAAUAGGAUAUGAUUAAAGGGUACCCUGAAGGGAGAGGGUACAAAAACUAUUGAAGACAAGGAGGGAGGGACUCCUGGAGGCAUCAGCGAAGAGGAAGGUGGCUGAGGGAGCCUUGUGGACAGCACCCACAUGACUAAAAGGCUUUUCUACUUAAUUCUCUGCUUCUACCUAUCCAAGUAAAUUCUAAUACACUUCCCUGAAAAAAUAAGGACAAAAAGUUCUAGUUUUAGUUUUUAUAUUAUUUAGACCACUAUAGAGAGGACUCUUCUCUUUAAGCUUUUCAGAGGAAUUUAAAAUGGACACUAGGGCAGAUCAGCUCAGGGCACCAGCCACCACUCCCUCCCUGACUCCCACUCAACAGAAAAGGCCACAGCUGCCACCGAUCUCAGGCUUGGUCAGAUGAGAUUUUACUUCUCUAAAGGGGAUAAUCCUUUUUGGAGCCAGUUUUAAGCCCCCAGAUAACCCCAGAUUUAGCUUAGGUGGGGGUGGGAUGUUGGAGUAGCAGGCAAGAUUUUCUCCUCUGGUAUCAGCAUCAUUAUGAAGCCACAGCAGUGUGCCCAGAGCAGGGCUGCUCUCAAGUGCCCCUUCACAGCAGGGGACCCCACGGAGCAGGAACCUAAUUCAGCCUCUUGCUAUGACAGCUUCCUUAUGGAGCAUCUCUAGGGACAAAAUCCCAGCAGGGGUCUCAGGUCUCCACCUACACUGGCUGCUUCCAAGCCCUGCAACAAUCGGCAAGCCCAACCAACUCACCUGACUAGCCCAGAGGGGCUUCUGCACUCCCAGCUUUGAGGGUGGGGACUGGAGCUCCUGCUUAUACCAGGGAUUUUCCCCACCACCUCAUGGACCCUGAUCUCAAACCUCCUUAACUUCCCAGCAGGAGGUUGUGGCUCCCUGCUUCCAGCUAUGGCUAAAGGUGCACAGCAUUCAGUGCAUGCCAAGGCAAUGCCACUAACUGAGUAAAAAAAACUAGGCAAUUGAAUAGAAGCAAAUAUCUUUAAUAAUAAAAUUGAAUUAAAAUGUUAAAUGAAAUACUAAAAAAUUGUACAUACCCACUAUUUGAAAAAAUUAUUUUUAAAAAAGUAUUAUUGCUAUUAUAGCUAUACAUCCAGUAUUAGCAUUAUUGAGUACUAUUGACUUGCAUAGAUUUAUUUAAUCCUAAUAUGGUUUGGUUGUAUUCUCCAAUAAAGUCAAAGGAUGUUGUGUCUUACAA